AUGGAUUAUGACAUGUAUGUACAGUUCAUGGAGAGUGCCGACCCUUAUGCACCCGAUUAUGCUGCUCCUGUUCCAGUUAACUCUCUUGUUUCAGAUAGUUCUCCCGUCCCUGAUGGUCUAGCUAAUUAUUCUGAAGAAGUCCAAGCUCGUUUCGGCUUUUAUCCUAUUGAAGUGUUAAAGGGAAAUCAGCGAGUACCCUCCGCAGUUUAUUACCUGACAAAAGCCGCAGACAACUGGUGGGCAACAGUUGGACCCGACCUCCGACAAGACCCAGGCUUUAGCUGGGAGGAAUUCAAAGUGGAACUAAGAGGACAAUUCUACACUGAGCGAAUCAAAGGAAUCAAGUGCGAGGAAUUCCUACGACUGAAGCAAAAAGGAGCAACCGUCCAAGACUACCAUGACAAGUACGUGGAACUGAUGAGGUUUGCUCAAGAGAUCGUGCCCGACGAGGCGAGUAAGGCAUGGAGGUUUGUUCGUGGAUUGGACUGGGAGGUGAGAAGGGCGAUUGCACCAUUCCUGUGCUCUACUCUUAAGGAGGCGUACGAUAGGGCAUCAGAUCAUUAUCAGGUAUACUUAGAUCAACAAGAAGUCUACGGCAGAAACAAAAGGAAAGCUAAUGAUAACCAAAGAAAAUUCAGGUUGGAAAAUAAGAAAUCUAACCAGGGUGAAUCUAACCCAAAGCAAGGAGAGAAGAGGGGAGGAACAAAUCAGGGGAAACAUUCUAUUUGCUGGAAAUGUGGAAAGGAUCAUCCCGGAGUAAAUUGUCAAGGAAUGAAGAUUAAGUGCUACAAGUGUGGUCUCACAGGACACAAGUACUAUGAGUGCCGAACCAAGGUAAAAAAAUUUCCGGAACCACUCACAAAAUACAAGUCCAAGAGGAGGAUUUAA